UGCGAGGCGGCAAGUCUGGGCACAAUGGCUGCUGCAGUGGAUUGCAUUCUGAAAUUAGGAGGUAGUGCACUGACGCAGAAAAACCAGUUGGAGACUCUGAAAACGGAGUCCUUGCGGAGGGCGGCUGCUCUUGUUUCGAAGCUCUGGGAGGCUGGAGAGAGACGAUGCAUAAUCGUGCACGGCGCAGGGUCUUUCGGGCAUUUCCAGGCAAGAGAAUAUGGUGUUGCCUUGGGGACAUCAGGCAGAUCAGCUGCAAGUGAUAAUUUGAGACAAGGGCUGUGUUUGACCAGGCUUUCUGUCACCAAGUUGAACCAUUUGGUGACAGAACAAUUGAUUAGUGUUGGAGUUCCAGCAGUGGGGAUUUCGCCUUUUGGAACCUGGCAAACCACAAACAAGAAUGUCAUUAAGGCUGAUAUUGAUGCUGUGAAGAAUGUUCUAGAUGCAGGUUAUGUUCCUGUAUUACAUGGGGAUUGUACCCUGGACUUGGAACAACACUGUUGUAUCUUAUCUGGAGAUACAGUUAUUGAGGUUUUGGCUAAGACAUUCUCUCCUAAGCGAGUUGUGUUUCUCACAGAUGUGAAUGGAAUUUACAGCUGUCCACCUGAUACCCCAGGUGCUAGGCUGGUGGAUUCCAUUGUUAUUGGUCCUGAAAGAACUAUGGAGCCAACUGUGCUCACAUCUGCACUACCACAUGACUCUACUGGAGGAGUGUCCUUGAAACUGCAAACUGCCAUAAAUAUAGUUUCUUCGAGUCAUGGAUCCAUUCCUGUUCUGAUCUGCAAACUGGACAGUGAAGCAGCUGUAAAGGCUUGCUUGACUGGGGAAUUGAAAGAAGGCGAAGGCACAAAGCUUUCUUUUAUGGAUACGUGAAGUCUUUUGUAAAGGAACCUUGAAUUAUGUGCAGAAAACUUUCUGGGACAGUAACAUUCAUAAAUUCUUGACUGACGUUUUCAUUUCAAUCAUACAUGUGUAUGUAUUUGGUUUCUGUUAUUUUAUGCACCUCACAAAUUCAAAUCAUAACAUUUUUAACAUCUUGCAAAACAAUGACAUUUUUAAUAAAAAACAAUACAAUACACUUCACAUUUAUAGCUUCCUUAUUCUCAUAAGAAUAUCUUGGUGGUUGAUUAUUGUUUUCAUUAUUAGAAUGCUUGGGGGGAAAAUCAUAUCACAGAAAAAAUCUGUAUUUUCUUCAACUAAGUAGAAAUUAUAUAUUAAUUUUUCCAUCAAGUCUAUCAUAUCAUUUUUCUUCAGUGUCCUUUUUAGAUAUUUCCAGUAUUUUGCUAUUACUAAUCUAGUCACCAUUAAUAAGAACGUUAAUAGUGUCUUAAUUUUUGUAUAAAUAAAUAUUUAUAUAAAAUAUUUAUAUUCUUCCCAAAGACUAAUGGUAGAAGCAACUCUCUGAGUGUGGGAAGGGAAACCUAGAAAUAAAUUUUUCCAUAUUCACUUUGUAACUCCAAUUUCUCAUGUUUUAAUUAUUUUUUUCUCAUUUUUGUAUAAACAUUCAUCUUCAUAUCCAACUAGAUUUAGUUUUCAUCUUAAUUUGAUGCAAGUACUAUCACAACUAAUUUUACAGGGCAUCCCCUUCCCUUGCUCACACUUUAUGCUAUUUGCUUAGUACCAUACAUCAUUCUUUCAAAGUCUGUGAUACCCAUAAAAG